CAGCUGUGAUUGAUUUAUCCUGUCCAGAGCUUCAAGAUCGGACAAAAUCAAAACUGUAUCUCAGUAGAGAUGCAUAGGCCACGCCACUGUAUGCCAACCAUGCUGCUCUUUUUUUGCGCGGCCCUUGUUUCCGGCUUCGACCAAGAGCCUCGAUGUGAUUUUGAUGUACAUCUUCUCUUCCUGAACUGCAGCUGUCACGGGUGGACCUCUGUACCGACACGGGAAUUUCUCUCACACACACGUGGAAUUGACUUGAGUUUCAACAACAUCAGUGUGGUAAAAAACCGCACAUUCACAAAGCUUUUAUCUUUGGAGUUUCUUGAUCUUUCAAACAAUAUUAUCAAGACUCUGGAAUCGUCAGCUUUUGAAGGACUCGCAAACCUUUUGACACUGAAUUUGUCCUUCAACCAUCUCGAGUUCACUUCAGAGGUGUUCACGCCACAAUUGUUUGCGCCUCUAGAAAACCUGAGAUCCAUACUAAUCAAAAGGUCAUACGGAAUGAUUCACCCUUUAUGGGAAGGGCUUGAUGCUGCUUUUGGUAAGCUUACCAAUCUUACGACGUUUAUUGCUGAUUUACCCUACUUAUUUUGCUUUGAGGAGGGCUUUAGGCAAUUAACAAAACUGAACAAAAUUUCAAAUGAAGGCCAAGCAAUGAAUAAUUACUGUGGCAUAGGAGUUCUCUAUAACAAUGUAACUUUUCGUUAUCUUAAAAACAUACCCCUCCGAGAAUUACGACUUAUAAAUUGCGAUAUAAACAUCAUAUUUCCCGGCGCGUUCGAUGACUUGAUAUCGUUGGAAGUUCUUGAUCUUAGCUACAAUAAUUUCUUGGGACUACACACCGCUCUUCAGAGCUUACGUUCUUUCCAUGGUAGGAAUAUGACAGAAAUUAACUUUGCGAUGGUAAAUACAAACGCCCCAGAUAGUAAUAACACGGUUGUCAACUCAGAGGACUUUGCGCACUUGAGUGCUAUAUGCGUAAAAUCUGUAGACUUGUCACAGAAUUCUGUUGUUAGUAUCGACGUUCCUGUUCAGCCUAGACUGUGGCUGGAUUGCCUGGAAAAACUGAAUAUAUCCUACCAUUCCUUCCUUGAAAUACCUCUUAAUCUCCGUCUUCAUGGGAGCAAGACCUUGAAAUACUUGGAUUUAAGUCAUGAAAGGGCUAUGCCACAGCAUAAGCAUGAUAUGUCAGUUAACAAAAAGAAUUUAAUAAUAGUCUAUACUUUACCGCCAACACUGUUUUGGCUUAGCUUCAGCAGUUGCUGGAAUUGGUUCACAAGCGACACAGAGGUUACCUUUUCCCGUAACAAUCUUCGCUAUCUCGAGUUAGCUUUUGUCAACAUAGAUCAAUGCAGGGAUAUGCCGAUGAGAGGCCUAUCGAAUUUGACAAGCAUAGACUUAUCCGGUAUGAGCUGUCCAGUAAUUUAUCCACAGUAUUUCCAAUACUUGAGAAGUAUUACCAAACUUUCUCUCGCCAACUCAGUACAAAUGGAUUUAGCUUUAACGUCUACGACUCUCCCUUUCGUUUUACUGAACAUUCUAGAGGAGAUUGACCUCUCGGAAAACAAUUUGUUCGACAUACACCAAGAGCUUUUUCACAACAACACACAGCUGAAAUCAGUCAAUCUGGCCAACAAUAAGCUACAACGCUUACCCAAAACUGUACAAGACGUGAGUGAACUGAAAGUACUGGACUUGACCUCCAAUGUCUUCACUCAUCUACAAACACAAGAGAUGAGAACAAUCGACAACUGGCUGGCCAAAUCUGGCUCUUUUGAACUCAGGUUAGGGAAUAAUCCUCUUCAAUGCACAUGUGACACAAUUAUGUUUACCCGGUGGAUCGUUCAGAUGGAAGACAUCCUCGAUAAUCCUAACAGUUACACGUGCCUACUGUCGAAUGGUACUCGGCUACCUUUUUCGACAUUCAGAAAACUGUUAACGGACUUUGAAGUGCAAUGCGUUAGUCACACUUACUUGAUAAUAUCCGUGGUGAGCGUCUCGACGCUUAUCGUUUUGCUUUUGUUGUUUGCUGGGAUAUAUCGUUACCGUCUCAACCUCCGAUACUGGCUGUAUACUAAACUCAUGCCACCCGAGGACAUGUUUGUUGAUCAGGUAUAUACCUAUGACGCUUUUGUGGCCUACACCUGUGAUGAUUACGAGUGGGUGAUUCGAAUGCUGCGUCCGAAACUAGAAUUGGUGGACGAUCCCAUAAGACUUUGUGUUCAUGACAGAGACUUCAUUCCUGGAAAGCCGAUUCAUGAAAAUAUCGUGGAUAAAAUGAAAGAAAGUCGUAAAAUCCUAUUAAUCAUCAGUCAAGGGUUCCUGGAAUCCCGAUUCGGCCCUUUGGAAAUCGAGUACGCUGGUAUGAAAUGCCUGGAAGAAGGUAGAGACGACACAAUCUUGUGUGUGCUGAUGGAGGAUAUCCCAGUUCGGAAGAUGCCGAGGGCAUUGAGAAACCUGUGGCAUAAGAUCACUUUCCUGAAAUGGAGCGAUGAUGCCGAACAAGAGGCUAUCUUCUGGCGGAACCUUAGGGCUGCUGUCACACCAGGACGCCACUGAAGUAAACACGGGGCCCGUGAAAAGUGAUUUACUUGGUAGGCCGUUUAAAUAGUGUUUAAGUGUCGUUUUAAAAGUGAAUCAAAGUUCACUCUAUAGGAUACUGAUCUUCUUGCUUUGUUGUUUACCAUUAUGAACAUUUACCGAUGUGUUGAAGUAAUUUGCUGCCUGAAUGAUUGUACAGAUGUAGAAUUUUGCUGUUUUUAACUCUUUGUCAAAUUGUUUAAUUUGAUGUUUGUUAACGUGUUGGUUUCUACGGUUGUAUAUUAUGGUGUUUGUAUCCAUGUUUAAUUUACAUACUUAGAUGACGCCCCAGAAUUUUAUACAUGUUUUCAUGCUUUGUAUAGUUGAGAAUGCUUGGGUUUUAAAUCGAAUUUGUUUUGGUAUAUAUUUUUUAUUGUUACAGAAGUAUGCUUACGUUUCUUUUAGUGUCACACAUAUUUACACCUGAUGUUUUGUCUGUAAUAAAGAAAAGCGAAUGGAUGCGUCCAGAGGACGUUUAGCCCCAAUUCGAGAUGUCAGCCUCUCCCGGUGAUUAUAUGGUGUGAUAUGAUACAGAGCACUUUCAGUGAAGUUCCAGUGUAAACCUUGAAAUGUACACUUGUGUCACAGCAAAUAAUGGACGUCAUUCUUGAAUAUUGCAAGUGUGACCCAGCUAAUGAAAUUAUGUCAUUCAAGGGAAAUAACUCUUAUAAGCAUUUCGUACUCAGUUGUUACCGAAGUCGACAGAUGUCUGGAAUUACGUUAGAUUUGUUUAAUUUUACUGAAAGAAGUAUUACUAGUUCAUUCCUUGGCCGGAAAUAAUUCUUAAUUCUUGGGUAACUGUUGAGUUGUACGAGCAGUUUCCUUUCUAAGGGAAUUGAUACUUUGUCAGGACCUGAAAUUCGCGCAGCUAGCUAUCAGGGGUAAUCUGCGGUAGUGGUUGUUGACACUGUGACGUCACUGCAUGUCCGCUGUAAGCGACAGGCAGCAUGAUUCGACGUUUGUAUCAUACUUGCACUUUAUAAUACAUGAUUUCGACAUCACUUUCAGGUAAGGUUCG